CGUCAAGUUGCAGACUUUUUCUAAGGAAAUCUAAGGAACCUGUUCUAAGGAAAUCUAAGGAACCUGUUCGCUUCUUGUUAAAUCAAAAUGGAUUACUCCAAAUUCCUGUCUGAUGUAAGUGCAGCAAGGAAACCAAACGUUGCAAGACUCUCAAAUGAACUGGAAAAGAAGAUGACAGAGUCUACCGUAAUCAUGUUUAGUGGGGGUAUGCCAAACCCUGACUAUUUCCCAAUGAAAACAGCAAGUAUAACCCUCAAUGAUGGAACCACCAUUGAAAUUGGAGAACAACUGAUGAAGAGAGCUCUUCAGUACAGUGCUACAGAUGGAAUUCACAACUUAUUGUCUUGGUUCAGAGACUUGCAGAUGAAGCUCCACAACCCACCAACAGCGACGUAUGCUCCUGAGAAAGGACAAAUGAAGAUAUGCGUCACUUCAGGCAGCCAGGAUGGCAUUGCUAAAGCUUUUGAUAUGCUCAUCAACCCAGGCGACAGCGUCCUUCUAGAGGAGCCAAACUACCAUGGGACAAUGUUAGCACUAAAAGCCUUGAGAUGUAACUUCAUCAAAGUCCCUAGUGAUGCACAUGGAAUCAUUCCCAAAGGCUUGAAGGAGAUUCUUUCUAGGUGGAAAUCAGACAAUGCGCAUAAGCUCAUGGACAAGCCCCCUAAGUUCCUGUACACUGUUCCUAAUGGUGGCAAUCCUUCUGGGAGCUCCCUGACAGCAGAACGCAAAAAAGAGAUUUACCAGCUUGCCCAAGAAUACAACUUCCUUAUAAUAGAAGAUGACCCAUACUAUUUCAUCCAGUUUCAGAAGACUAAAGCGCCCUCAUUUCUUUCAAUGGAUGUUGACGGUCGAGUCAUCAGAGGUGAUUCUUUCUCUAAAAUUAUCUCUUCCGGGUUGAGAAUAGGCUUUAUAACAGGACCUGCACCUCUUAUAGACAGGAUUGUUCUACAUACUCAGGCCUCAACAAUGCAACCCAACACUUUUGCACAGGUCAUUGUAUUGCAACUUCUUAAGAAGUGGGGGCAAAAGGGUUUUCUGGAUAAUGCAGACCGAGUGGCAGACUUCUACAAAAAACAGUGUGAUGCGAUGCUUGCUGCAGCAGACAAGUGGCUGACAGGUUUAGCAGAGUGGCAUGCUCCUAAUGCUGGACUAUUUUUGUGGAUUAAAAUUAAGGGGGUUUCAGAUACAUUUCAGAUGGCCAUGGAAAAAGCACUGGAGAAAGGGGUGUCUUUACUUCCUGGGAAACCUUAUAUGAUUGAUCCCUCAGAAUCAUCCCCUUAUGUCAGAGUUUCCUACUCUUUCGCUACUCCAGAUGAAAUGGACCGGGGUUUCCAGAUACUUGCUGAACUUAUAAAAGAAGAAACUGCGUGAUACAGCAAACUAGCUUUUACCAAAAUCUUCACUGGCUAAUAUUCAAAACUGUGCCUCUAAUUUCACAGAAUGAGCUGUUAAAUAAAUCAUUGAUUAUACAG